CGCUGUUUGUCCGCGCCCGGCCUGGCCCAGCAGCGGGCCCAGCGCGGCCUGGCCUGCGGCGGCGGCGGAGCGGGCCCCGGCGGGGGGUGGGCCGGGCGUUGUAGCCCCCGCGGGGCAGCCCCGUCCCGCCGGCGGGGCCGAAGAUGCGGCGGUACCUGCCGGUGGCCCGGCAGCACUUCCUGGCAGCGCUUGCCGGCACCAGCGUGGUGGUGAAGGCGUUGAGCGCCGCCGUCCUGCUGCUCUACCUGCUCUCCUUCGGCCUGGACACGGCCUACGGGCUGGGGGUGACCCCCGGCUACCUCCUGCCCCCCAACUUUUGGGUCUGGACGCUGCUGACGCAGGGGCUGGUGGAGGACCGGGCCUGGGGGCUGGCGGCCAGCCUGGCCACGCUGGGGGUGGCGGGCCGGCUGCUGGAGCCACUCUGGGGAGCCCUGGAGCUGCUGGUCUUCUUCGCGGUGGUGAACGUCUCGGUGGGGCUCCUGGGGGCCCUGGCCUAUUUCCUCACCUACGUGGCCUCCUUCCACCUCGCCUACCUGUUCGCCGUCCGGAUCCACGGCGGGCUGGGCUUCCUCGGGGGAGUCCUGGUGGCCCUCAAGCAGACGAUGGGGGACAGCACCGUCCUGAAGGUGCCCCAGGUCAGAAUGAAGGCUGUCCCCAUGCUCCUGCUCCUGCUCCUGGCUUUGCUGCGGCUCGCUGCCCUCGUCGAGAGCAAUGUGCUGGCCUCGUACGGCUUCGGGCUCCUCUCCAGCUGGGUCUAUCUCCGUUUCUACCAGCGGCACAGUAGAGGCCGUGGAGACAUGUCCGACCACUUCGCCUUCGCCACUUUCUUCCCCGAGAUCCUGCAGCCCGUGGUGGGUCUGGUGGCCAAUCUGGUGCACAGCAUCCUGGUGAAGGUGAAGAUCUGCCGCAAGACCGUCAAACGCUACGACGUGGGUGCCCCGUCCUCCAUCACCAUCAGCCUGCCGGGGACUGACCCCCAGGACGCCGAGAGGAGAAGGCAGCUGGCCCUGAAGGCCCUGAACGAGCGGCUGAAGCGCGUGGAGGACCAGUCGGCCUGGCCGAGCAUGGAGGACGACGAGGAGGAGGCAGCAGUGGGGGCCAAGGCUGACAGCCCACUGCUGCCUGACACCGGUGUGGUCGGGCCAGGCGGCAGCCAGGAUUCCAGCCUCAUCACCUUCCAGGAUGCCCCAUCCCAGCUGUGACCGGCUGCCCCCCUUCCCGCCCCUUCUCCGUCAGACAGCUGCUAACCCCUCCCAUGUCGCCCCACACAGCCGGGACCCUCGGGGACUCCUCCCGCGGCAGAGGCAGGAGGGCUACCUCAUCCCAGCGCUUCGUUGCCGCUCGCGGCCAGCGCCAGGCGCCCAGGGUGACGCUGCCGCAAGGACGGGGGUUCCUCCGGCCGCUCUCCCCGCCUCACGGCAGGAUGUGGACAUCGGGUUACCCCCCACCAGGAGGACAUGGGACUGAUCCCUGCCCGCAGGCUGCUGCGCUGGCCCAGGCAGGGGCGAAGUCAGCAGCACUUCCUCGCUUCUGCUCUGCGCCAGGGGCUGGCCAGAGCGCUUGACACUUCUUUCCUCCCUUCUGAAGGUAGUUCUGUCUCUAACCAAGGGAACGGGAAGGUUGGUGGGUCCCUUUUCCAAACACCUUUCCUGUGGGGAGCCUCCCCAGCAGGAGCUCGCUGUGACCGGUGAGAGGUUUGCCAGGCAGGGGACAGGCUGGGCGGUGGCCCAGGACCACCAGCCCUGGGCAGUGCUUUUGGGAGGGGGUGUCUCUGCUCCUCCUCUCCCGCACCCGAAGCCCCAUGAGGAGCCGGUGCCCUCAGCCACUCCUGGCUAAGCCAUUUGUCAGAUUACACUAGAAGCUGGAAUUAAUUUUUAUGGUGGGGCUCUUGCUGCUCCCUCUGGCAGCAGGUUUUCUUUCUGCGGGUAGAAUCUGGGCUCCCCCUUCUCUUUUCCUCUGUGUUGAUGGGCUUUUUAUUUUUUUUUUUUUCUGGAUGGAGAGGAUGCUCCCAGCGACAGCCUCCUCGCAGCUCCCGACUCCCCGGGCAGCCCCCGGGUCACGGGCCGAUGGUGUCGUGAUUAUUUUUUUAAAGGACCACACGAGGUUUUGUCAACUGGGAAAAACAGAUGUUUCAUUAUCAAUAAAGAGUUCUUUGAAAGA